GUGACAGGUGUCACAGGUGUAGGUGUCACAGGUGGGACAGGUGGGAUGGGUGUGACCGGUGGGACAGGUGUGACAGGUGUGACAGGUUUAGGUGUCACAGGUGGGACAGGUGGGAUGGGUGUGACAGGUAUGGCAGGUGGGACAGAUGGGAUGGGUGUGACCGGUGGGACAGGUGGGACAGGUUUAGGUGGGACAGGUGUGAUGGGUUUAGGUGGGACUGGUGUAGGUGUCACAGGUGUCACAGGUGUCACAGGUUUAGGUGGGACAGGUGUCACCGGUGUCACAGGUGUCACAGGUGUCACAGGUUUAGGUGGGACAGGUGUCACAGGUGUCACAGGUUUAGGUGGGACAGGUGUCACCGGUGUCACAGGUGUAGGUGUCACAGGUGUCACAGGUUUAGGUGGGACAGGGCUGCAGCUCCAGGUGCUCCCCGUGGCCUCAGAGGUGACCAACCUCCAGCUCCAGGUGCUGCCACCACCCCCAGGUGGCACCAACCUCCAGCUCCAGGUGCUGGCAGCACCACCUGAGGUCACCAACCUCCAGCUCCAGGUGUUGGCAGCACCACCUGAGGUCACCAAUGUCCAGCUCCAGGUGUUGCCACCUCCACCUGAGGUCACCAACCUUCAGCUCCAGGUGCUGCCACCUCCACCUGAGGUCACCAGUGUCCAGCUCCAGGUGCUGCCACCUCCACCUGAGGUCACCAGUGUCCAGCUCCAGGUGUUGCCACCUCCACCUGAGGUCACCAACGUCCAGCUCCAGGUGUUGCCACCUCCACCUGAGGUCACCAGUGUCCAGCUCCAGGUGCUGCCACCUCCACCUGAGGUCACCAGUGUCCAGCUCCAGGCCCUGCCGCUGACCUCAGGUGUCGCCAACGUCCAGCUCCAGGUGUUGCCACCACCUUCAGCUGGCGCAGGUGUCCAGCUCCAGGCCACCGAGGUGACCAACGUCCACCUGGGGACCUCAGAGCUGGCCAGUGUCCACCUGGAACCCACCCAGAUGACCGAUGUCCACCUGGAGACCACUGAGAUGACCAAUGUCCACCUGGAGACCUCAGAACUGCCCAGCAUCCACCUGGAACCCACCCAGAUGACCGAUGUCCACCUGGAACCCACCCGGAUGACCGAUGUCCACUUGGAGCCCACUGAGGUGACCGACGUCCAGCUGGAAGCCUCAGAGGUCACUGAUGUCCACCUGGAGACCUCAGAGCUGCCCAGCGUCCAACUGGAACCCACCCAGAUGACCGAUGUCCACCUGGAGACCUCAGAGGUGACCGACGUCCAUCUUGAGACCCCAGAGCUGCCCAGUGUCCACCUGGAGACCACCGAGGUGACCAAUGUCCACCUGGAGCCCAUGGAGGAGGUGCCCAGUGCCCACCUGGAGACCUCCGAGUAUGGCCCCAGUGAUUCCCAGUAUGGUCCCAGUAACUCCCAGUAUGGUCCCAGUAACUCCCAGUACAGCCCCCGUGAUUCCCAGUGUGGCCCCAGUAUCCCCCAGUAUGAUCCCAGCGUGGCCCAGUCCAUCCCAGUAUGA